UUUAUUUUAUUUUUUAUUUUAUUUUUUUAUGCCGUUCAAGUAAAAUUUCAAAUUUAUCAGUUAUCAUAUUUCCCCCCUUCAACAUCACAUCGAAUAAACAUUAAAAUCAGCCUAUUUGCUUUAAUAAUUAUGUUGGAUAUUAAACCAAUGAUGUACGAUGACGAUCAACUGCUUGGAAUGAAUUUUAUUGCCGACGUAUAAAGUUCGAUCAUGAUUAACAAUCUCCAACGCAAUCGGCAACACAUCAUUUGGCAUUUAUAUUGUUAAUAAAGAAGCAGCGAUGCAACGUGCGCUUGUAUAAACAAAUGUCAUCGAAUCGAUAGCAGACGAUAUGCGGAAAUGUCAAUAACCUGUGUAUAUCGCUGAUGGAAUUUAAAAUGCUCCGGAAUGAAAAUAUUUAAAAUGCCAGUUGAAACCACUGAUAUAAAUAACAGUCAUAAAAAAGCAGCGAAAAAUUUGUUCAACAAGAUCAAAUCAAAAUAUUUAGAGUGCGGCGUCGACGAAGGAGAGGACAUCGCCUUGGCGAUGUCACCAACCGGACAAAUAGCUAAGACACCAACACCACGAGACCAGAUAGAUAGUGGCGAUCAGCGUGAGACAUGGGGCGGCAAAGUCGAUUUUUUGCUGUCAGUUAUUGGAUUCGCAGUCGAUUUGGCAAACGUUUGGCGAUUUCCUUAUUUAUGUUACAAAAAUGGCGGUGGCGCUUUUCUGGUACCGUAUUGUAUUAUGCUACUUGUCGGUGGUAUACCAUUAUUCUAUAUGGAACUAGCGUUGGGCCAACAUAACCGCAAGGGCGCCAUAACAUGUUGGGGUCGUUUGGUGCCGUUAUUUAAAGGAAUCGGUUACGCAGUGGUGCUGAUCGCUUUCUAUGUUGAUUUCUACUAUAAUGUCAUCAUUGCUUGGAGUUUACGUUUCUUCUUCGCUUCAUUCACAAAUAAUUUGCCAUGGACGUCGUGUACAAACCCGUGGAAUUCCGAUUUCUGCAAACCGUUCGAAGUCCAACAAAACGCGGUACUACCCACGCAGCCCAGUGUCCCGAAUUUCAAUAUUUCUGUAAACUUCACCGAUUUUUCAUUCGGCAAUCUGUCCAUGUUAGGUUACAACGAAAACGGUACUGCAGGAAGAACAACGACCACAGAGCGAUUUCAAUCAGCAGCAUCGGAAUAUUUUAACCGUUAUAUACUUGAACUAAAUCGUAGUUCGGGUCUCGAUGACCUUGGUCCCAUUAAAUGGGAUAUGGCUGUUUGUCUACUAGUUGUCUAUCUCAUCUGUUAUUUCUCCCUGUGGAAAGGCAUUAGCACUUCCGGUAAGGUUGUUUGGUUCACGGCGCUUUUUCCUUACGUUGUGCUGCUGAUCCUGCUUAUCCGUGGUAUCACACUGCCUGGCUCUGCCAUGGGUAUACAAUAUUAUUUGAAUCCGAAUUUCGAUGCCAUUUACAAGGCGGAAGUGUGGGUUGAUGCGGCGACCCAAGUGUUCUUUUCUUUGGGUCCGGGCUUUGGUGUACUUCUAGCUUACGCCUCUUACAAUAAAUACCAUAAUAAUGUUUAUAAAGAUGCUCUACUCACCAGUUGUAUUAAUUCGGCUACUAGUUUCAUAGCUGGUUUUGUGAUAUUCUCUGUGCUGGGCUAUAUGGCACACACUUCAGGCCAAAAUAUUGAGGAUGUCGCCACGGAAGGACCGGGCUUAGUGUUCGUCGUCUAUCCAGCUGCGAUUGCCACAAUGCCCGGCAGCACUUUUUGGGCGUUAAUCUUCUUCAUGAUGUUGCUGACCCUGGGUUUAGAUAGUUCGUUCGGCGGUUCCGAGGCUAUUAUAACGGCCCUGAGUGAUGAAUUCCCAAAGAUUGGCAGAAAUCGUGAGAUUUUCGUUGCCAUUCUCUUCACGCUGUAUUUCAUUGUGGGCUUGGCCAGUUGCACACAUGGCGGCUUUUACUUCUUCCAAUUAUUGGAUCGUUAUGCCGCGGGUUACUCGAUACUUAUAGCUGUGUUCUUUGAGUCGAUUGCGGUUUCGUGGAUUUACGGUACCAAUCGCUUUUGUGAAGAUAUACGUGACAUGAUCGGCUUUCCACCAGGCAAGUACUGGCAGGUAUGCUGGCGUUUUGUAGCGCCGUUGUUCCUACUAUUCAUCACAGUCUAUGGUCUCAUCGGUUACGAGCCGUUAACAUAUGAGGACUACACCUAUCCUGGUUGGGCGAAUGCGUUGGGCUGGUGUAUAGCGGGUUCCUCGGUGAUAAUGAUACCAGCGGUGGCGAUUAUUAUGAUACUCAAAACACCGGGUAGUUUGAAACAGCGUUUGAAAAUACUAACAACACCUUGGCGUGAUCAACAGGUCUCCAUAAAUGGUGUAACUGCCGAGGCGACCCAAGUGCGGCUCACCGAUGCCAAAGAGAGUGCUGAGGUCUGAGAUCAGCCAUUCGCACGAUUCAAAGUUUAUUAUGUGUAAUUUAGCUCUACCCUCACACCCCUCCCCCAAGUUCGACGCUAAAACUUACUACCAUAUUAUUUUACUCAGUAGUGAGUACAUAUUCAAACGGGUAUAAGUAAUUUGAUCACUAGUUAUUGUUCACAAAAGUUUAGGGAAUUAGUUAAUAAGUAAUUGGUAGCAUACACUUAUAUAAAUAAAUCGUUAAUACUAAAAUUAGGGAAAAGAUAAAAAAGUUUUGUACACUUAUACAAAUGCAAAUUUCACAAACAACGUAAUUUACUUAGGUUUCGCUGGCAUAUUUGGGUGAAAGCUGCACAGCAAAAAACAACAACAUAAAAAAGCUUAAAAUAAAUCAUUAAAAUUGACAAGAAUACAUUAAUAUAUACGUAAACAAACUGUUAAUAUGUGGUAGACUAAAAACAGUGAGAGACCCCAACCAAACAAAUUUGGCUUUUUCCAAUGGCCAUGUAAAUGCCGAAAGAAAUCAAAUCGUUGAAAUUAUGUGUGUAUGUAUGUUCAUAAAUUGUUGCAUUUGUAAACAAAUUAAAUGAAUA